AUGGAAAUCUUGCAAAUGAAACAAAAAAAAAAAAAUCUGAGGUGCGGUGUAAAAAGCCAAGUUGAAAAGGAGCUGGUGGAGUAUCUGGGUGACUCGGAGGAGGAAAAGGAGGAGGAGAACCCAGAGGUGCUGAGGUUGAGGGCCAAGCUCGACAAGCGGGCAGCAAAGAUUCGCCGCCUGAAGGCCGAGAACGAGGGCCUGCUUAAACUAAACCACGAGCUGCAGCUUGCUCUUUGCGCAAAAGUGCUUGGAAAAGCCCUUCCUGAACAAGUGCCAGGGGUCGCUGUAACAGCGGCUGUUCAAGCGGGGAUCUCCGUGCCCAUUGGAGCCUCACCUAGGCGAGUCCCAGCUCCACCUAGGCCAGUCCCAGUGGCAGACGCGGCCAAAGAUGCCCCACUUAGGUCAGCCCUAGUAGCAGCUGCGGCCAAUGGAGCUCCACCUAGGCCAGUCCCAGCCCCACCUAGCCCAGCCCCAGUGGCAGCUGUGGCCAGUGGAGUUGCAGGACUACCUGCGGGAGAUGCUGGAGGGCCCGACUGCCCACCACUUGCUGAGGUGGACGGCCUUGCUAAGAACGAGAUCGUGGAUCACACCAUCGGCCUCCAAAAUGAGGAAGAAAUGGUAAAAUAA